AUGGUAGUAUAUCUUGGUUUCGUUUUGUUUCGUUUCGACAAUAGGAUUGAUUCCUUGAUUGGUUUGAUUGAAAUUUCGUGUGUACUUAGGUAUCCAAGUAAUGAAGUACCUAAGGUAAACAAUGUGGAGACUGGAGAACCCACCCACCUGCCCGACGGAACGGAACGGAACGAACGGAUUGGAGUGGAUUGGAGUGGAUUGGAUUGCAGAAACAAUGGAAGUAAGUUAUGGAACCCGCUGAAGAACUAUUUUACUCUCGGAACUCUUCAAGAAUCGCUGACUGACAAAAGUGACGUCCAGCUUGACUUGAAUUGUACUGAAGGAAAAUGUAAACAAACCGCCCCCUCCUCUCCUCUCCUCUCCAUACCAAUACCAUCAAAUACCAUUCCUAUCUAUUAUCUAUCUAUCUAUCUCUCCCUUGGUUUUUUGCCUCUUUUUUCCUUUUGCAUGAAUCAGGAGGAUUACAGUACUACAUUGACCAUCGAACAAAUGAGGCUGGAGGCCGAUGCGGAGACACCCCCUCAUCUUGACCUCGUCCUCGACCUGGAUCCUCUCCAGGCUGACCCCCUGCUCCAACAGACCAUUCUGUCGCACAGCGUCACCCUCAGCGACAUGAGUUUGUCCUCCGCCAAACGCAAGUUCCCCGCCGUCGAGUCCGACGCCGCUGUCGCCGCCGCCGACGACAACGACGACGCCACAUCUGACACGUCAGGACGCUUUGACGACGCUGACGAGUCCGAGUUCGAUAACAAUAACAACAAUUAUAAUAAUAAUAGUAAUGGCUACUACCUGGACGACUUCCACGAUGCGCGAUCGGAUUCCGUCCAUUCUGCCAAACGCCGCCGUUCCAACGACUGGCCGCUACGCGACGAAAUCGCCUACGACGAGCACGGCAUGCGCAUCGACUUGAGCAGCAGGAGGUCCGCGACGAACGGAACGGGCACGGGCUCGCCGCGCUCGUCGUCCAAGGACCGGCGUCGUGGCUCGCCCGUCCUGCGGGUGCGGCGGUCGCGGUUUAUCGAGGGAAGCAUGAACGAUCGCGUGAGCGAGAAGCCGCCCAGCAUAUUCCUUCGCGAGGACGCAGCGAUGGACGAUGGGAAAGAGACCAAGCAAGACCGCCAGCUCGGCCACAGGGGCUCGGGGAUCUUCCGGUUUGGGAAGGCCAUCGCUUCGGCGUUCAACCCGUUUGGCGCAUGGAAAGGAUCGCAGGAUGGGCAAAAGACACAGAAGGAAAUUAUGAAGGAACGGCAGGCUCGCGCGGAGAAGGCGUAUGCGGAGCUGAAGAAGUCUGGCUACAAGGGUACCACGGGCGCUGCUGGUGCCAACAAAGGCAACAAUGGGGUUGAUCUGCAGAUCGCGGACGCGACUUUCAAGGCGAUACAGGAAAAGAUGGAUUACAAGUUGUCCGCAGGGGACUCGCGGCAGAGCAGCACCGGCCUCUCGCAGGAUGACGCCCAGACGGCCACAGGUCGGACGAAGGAGACUGGACGGCACGAAACGGGAUUCCUGAAGGUCAAGUCCUUCCACGAUCUCCGGAAGAGAACGUCGGCGCUGAGCAUACCAUCCAUCAGGAACCGCGAUGUCUCUCCUGUGCGGCCUUCGCAUGAAGACUCUCACCGGCCCGCGCAGAAGCGGCAAUCGCGCAAAGACCUCGCCAGACAGGCUAAGCUGCUGAAGAAGGUUAGCAGUCUGGAGAGCAAGCUGGAGCGAGUGCGUCGGGAGCUCCGUGAACUAACACAGGAGGACGAGCCUCCGGUGCCGACGAUCUGUCUGGACGACGUUCACGCGAGGCGGUUUGUGCCGGGCGCUCUUCCCACCCUUCCGUCCGAGAGAGUUCUUCAGAACCAGGUGGGCUCAACUUCUGAAGAAGCUGACUCGGGGCCUGAGAUUGCGCGGACCAAGAGUCCUCAUCCAGACAACCUCGUAAUCGAUCAUUCCGACCUUCGAGCGCGGUCUGUGAGCCCGAAGCCACGCAAGCUUUCGAAAUCCCGGGCCACCGCCAGCAAGGACAGCCUAUCGCGGAAACGAAAGUCUUCUGUCGCAGAGUCUGGGGUCAAUGCAAGUGCCAAAGCGUCGGGCGGCGUUCAAGAAGAUUCCCAGGGCAACAGCACCGACUGCGGAAAGACGGACGAGUCCACGAAGAGGCAGACUCCCCGACAGGUGAAAUCGCAGAAGGUGGGUGAAAAUGACAGUCCUGGAUCGGCUGGGAAGGCGCGUCCGGAACAGGUUGAGGCAGAAGACCCGCACAGCCAGAUUAAUAAGACUAGAGAAAAGCAGGAGGCGUCGAAGCCAUCUCUUCGCUCAUUCAAGCGUUCUCCCGGCCUGACCCCGUCCAGACAGCGUCUCAAAGCGACGAAGUCGGUGAGGAACCUGCGCCUAGUGAACGCAGAUGCAGACGAGGAGGUGUCGGGCCAAGCCGAUACUAAUAAUAACAACCCACAACUCAAAUCCCACCGAUCCUUCUAUCUGCAGGACCAGCCCCAUCUCGAACAGAACAUUGCCAAGGUCCCUGUCGUCACGAAAGGCGGUUAUGGUUGCGGAGGCCACGGCCACGGCAAUGACGAGAACAUUCCCCCCGUUCCGCCAGUCCCGAAGGAGCUGCUAGAGAAAGGCGCGAGGUUGUCGUAUCCAUAUGCGAAUACGAAGCAGACCGACGAUUACGAAUCGGGCGACAUGCUCGACUCUGCUGCUACGGCUACGGCUAUUACUUCUCGGUCCCCCGAAGAAUCGCGGUCCAAGAGGGUCCCGUCGGAUUUUACGUGGCCGGAUGAUAUUUUCUGA